CUUCGAGGUCACCCCAAACCUUCCGUGAUACCCCAUGUCUUUAUUCUUUCAUUUGUGUUGACCGUUCUUUCGUCUCUUGCCCUUGCGGCGUCAUCUUUCGUCCUGCUUUGCCAAACCCCCACUUACUCGAUUCCUCGACUUGCAUUCGCAAAGCGCGCCCUGCGACAUUCGACAUAUCAUAGCAAACAGUGCUUGGGCGAUCCGUGCCUUCGAGCCGUGCCGAGAAGCAAGCAAGCUAGCAAACACCUGCAAGCACCAGAAGAUAAACACCUACAUACACACAGACGCCGCCAGUAGCCCACAGCUGCAAUGGAGAACCUCUUGUCCCUUGCCUUCGACAAUCUGUCGUCGUACGAUGGUCCCAAGAUACGCAAGGGCCUGCGCCAAAUCGAGGGCCUGCUCGCCAACAUCUGCCUUUCGAGGGGCGGUGGGAAGCGCUCCAAGGAACGCCGCGACUCCGUCAUGACAGACUCGAUCAGAGAGGACUCGCCAACACCGCCGAGCACGCUGCUCGACCUGACAGAUGACCCUGCAUUCUACGAGUUCUUCAAGCUGCAGGAGGGCUUUGAGUGGAAUGUCGCUCUCCGGCUCGUCAACACCCUCGACCGGCUCCUCGCCCGUGGCGCUGACGGGUCCAACGAUCUGUUGAUCAUGAACGCUCUCGACUUGACGCAGGGCAUACUGUUGUUACAUCCGCCGAGCAAGGCCAUUUUUGGCAGGGAGAUGUACAUGAACCUGCUCCUGGACCUUCUUGAGCCCGACUUUUGCCCGGCAAUCCAGUCUGCGACCCUGCUCACAAUCGUCACCGCCCUGAUUGACAUGCCACAAAACACACGCACGUUCGAGAACCUCGACGGACUACUGACCGUUACCUCGCUCUUCCGCUCACGGGGCACCAGCCGUGAGGUCAAGCUCAAGCUCGUCGAGUUCCUGUACUUCUACCUCAUGCCCGAAGUUCCCUCAAUCCCGAGCGCCGCCGCCCGGGACUCGAUGCCGGGGCUGCUGCAGCGCAGCCCGAGCAAGCUUGCCAAGGCGUUUGUGGGCGGCGGGUCGCGCGAGAAUGGAGGUCGGCCCCGCGCCGAUAGCGACGCCUGCGAGAUCCGCAGCCAGGAGGAGAAGCAGGCGCUCCUUGGUCGGCACCUGAAUAGUGUCGAGGAGCUCGUCAAGGAUCUGCAACAGAGCACGCCAUUUGGAGGUGCUGUCUGCUAAAGGUGGUGCACGUGCUUGCCACCACUCAUGUUGGGCGAAUUGGGUGCAGGUGUGUUAAGAUUGACAUACCUCGCGCUCGAUCAGUGUCUUAUUUCGCGUUCCCGCUCGUCUCUCGAGCUGGAGUACACUUUUCAUUUCCGGCGUUCUUUUUUCCAGCAUGGGAUAAAAAGUUGUUGAUGAUUUCUCACGUCACGGCGCUUGGAGUUAUUACGCGCAUUCAUUUGGAUUUUACAGCAUGGCAUGGCUCGGGGCUGGGGUUUUGUCCAUUCCGGCUCAGCGUGGUGCUUUGUCUUUCCUGUAUUUAGUUCAGCGAUAUGCAAAUACGUUAUAAUAUGCAAUGGAAUGAAGUUCACUGGACCGAGGCUCUGCGUUCGAAAGAAGCGACUUUUCAGUAUGUGGCACCUGGAGCUGGCUGCACCAGAC